ACAGCAACAUCCGGCGGCAGUUCGUCUCCCAUUCUGUUCCGAUGACUUCUGUGCUUGCACCACGGGUUUCCACUCGGUAAACGGACCACAGGCCGGAAGAGGAUGGCGACGGCCGCUCUGAAGAGAUUUUGGUCGCGCGGGCGCGGCAAAACAGGAGGAGAGGCGGGCGACGCCGCUCUGGCGGCGAAGCCAGGCUUGUGGGCGCGACUGGGCACCUGGGCGCGCGCGCUGCUCCAGGACUAUGCCGAGGCUUGCGGGGACGCGGCGGCGGCGGCACGAGCCCGGCCGGGCCGCGCGUCCGUGUACCUGGGGCUGCUGGGCGGCGCGGCGGCGUGCUGCGCGCUGGCCCCGAGCGAGGCUGCCUUCGAGGAGGCCCUGCUGGAUGCGUCGGGGUCGCUUUUACUGCUGGCACCCGCCACGCGCAACCGCCAGUCCGAAGCGUUCGUGCAGCGGCUGCUGUGGCUGCGGGGCCGCAGUCGCCUGCGCCACGUAAACCUGGGGCUCUGCUCGCUGCUGUACGAGGCGCCCUUCGACGCCCAAGCCAGCCUCUAUCAGGCCCGCUGCCGCUAUCUGCAGCCUCGCUGGAUCGACUUCCCCGGCCGGAUCCUCGAUGUGGGCUUCGUGGGCCGCUGGUGGAUACUGGCCAAGCGCAUGCACGACUGCGACAUCAACGACGACGAGUUCCUCCACCUGCCAGCGCACCUGCGCGUCAUCGGGCCGCACCAGCUGCACUCCGACGCCAACGAGAGGCUGUUCUGCGAGAAGUACAAACCCGUGGUGCUCACGGACGAUCAGGUGGACCAGGCGCUGUGGGAGGAGCAGAUGUUUCAGAAGGAAAAAAAGGACAGGCUGGCCCUGAGUGAGGCCGACUCGCUGGUGCAGGCCGAGGUGGCCAGGUGAAAUCCAGGGAAGCUCCCCACCCCAUCUCCCCUUUUUAUCCCCUCACACUAUCUGCCUGGCAGGAUGUAAUUGGUGGUGCUGAGAUCGAAGUCAUGGCACGUCCUGAUUUACCUGUAUGGGUUUGGGAAGCCAUUCUUGCUAAUUGAGAGCUUUACUGGACAUGGAGAAGAGGAGGAGCCAAAGGACUUAACCUGAUACUAUUUAUUGCUGCCAGAGAUGGGAAUGAGCCUAAUACUAUUUAGCCUGUUAUAGCUGGGCAAUGUACCUCAGUGAGAACACUGGCUGGCUCACCUGCAUGGGUUCCUCGCUUCCAUACUCAGCACUGCAAAAACAAAACAAAAAUGAGCCUCUUUUUUCGUUUGUUUUUUCCUUUUGAGACCAGGCUUUCCACGUAACCCAGGCUGGCCUUGAGAAGGGUUCUAUUGCCCAGUGACCCCUAAGGCCCUAAGAUCUUUUUUCUUUCCUUUUCUUUGGGGUUGGGGGUGGGGAGGGUUUGUUGUUGUUGUUGUUGUUGUUUUCCUUUGAGAUGGGGAGGUCUCCCUGUACCAACAGCUUCCCUAGAACUCAUUAUGUAUGUAUCAGGGUGACCUCGAAUCUGCUUGCCCCCCAAGUGCUGGGGUUAAAGGUAUGCAUCACCUUUUGUGCUCUCCUUUUUCUUUGUUGAGAUAUGAUCUCACUAUGUAGCCUUGGCUGGCCUAGAACGUGUUAUGUAGACCAGGCUCACCUCAAACUCACAAAUAUCAUCUGGCUCUGAAGUGUUUUGUUUUGGUUGUUUUGUUUUUAUAACAGGGUCUUGAAUAGCCCAAACCAGCCUUUGACUCACUAUCUAACCAAGGAAGACCCAGAAUUCCCAAACUUUCUGCCUCCACCUUCCAAGUACUGGGUGAAAUAUUUUUAUGGUAUGAUCUGUUAUUAUUGUUGGGUCCUUUUGUGCUGGGCCCAAACCCAGGGUCUUGGACAUACAAGUCAAGCACUGUGUUCCCAGCCCUCUUGUUUGCUUUUGAGUAGCAUUUUUGUUUUGACUUACUUAAAAUAUUAGAAUAAAAUGAUUUUGAAAUUAUA